AUGAAGGUCUUCGCCUCCGCUGCUGCGCUUUUCGCUAUUCCCCUUGUUGCGGGUGCGCCUAUCGAAUCCAAGCGCCAAGUCGACCAACUGCUGCAAGGCGUGACGGGCGCGGCAGGCAACCUCGUUGGCGGCGUCACCGGUGCAGCUGGAGAUGUCGUCGGUGGAGUUACGGGCGCGGCGGGUAAUGUCGUCAACGGUGUCGGCAACACAGCCGGCGGUGUCGUUGCUGGAGUCACUGGUGCAGCAGACGAUGUUGUGCGUGGAGCUACUGGCGCAGCUGGCGGCGUUGCGGGAGGAGUCACAAGCGCAGCUGGAGAUGUCGUCGACGGAAUCAAGAACACUACUGGCGACGUCCUCUCCGGCGUCACCGGCACCGCUGGUCAAGCAGUUGGCGACGUGACUGGCACUGCGGGCAACCUCGUCUCUGGCCUCACAGGGACGGCUGGAAACGCCGCCAAAGGCGUAGGCAACACCGCGGGUGCGGCGACGCAGGGCACAGGUGGACUGCUCAGCGGCUUGCUCGGACGCGAUGUCAAAGAUCUCACUGAGGUCGAGAAACGACAGCUCGACUCACUGCUCGGCGGCGUGACAAGCACUGUGGGCGAUCUGACGGGAACUGUCGGUAACCUGGCAGGAGGCGUCACGGGUGGGCUCACUGGGGGCUCUAAUGCCAACGCGCAGGGUGGUGCUGCUCAGGGUGCUGGGGCAGGAAGCUCGGGUGGCCUGCUCAGUGGACUUCUUGGCCGCGAUGUCGAGGAGCUCAGCGAAGUCGAGAGGAGGCAGCUUGAUGGCCUUCUAAGUGGACUAACUGGCACUGUUGGCGAUCUGACUGGUAGCCUUCUUGGGGGACUUACGGGCGGGAACGGUGGGAAUGCGGCGGCUGUUACGGGAGCGAACGGCGAUUCUUCGGGAGCAGCAGAUGCUUCCGGGGCGGGUGGAGUUGGUAAUUUGCUCAGCGGUCUUACGGGCUCCCUCACCGGAUCCGGGGCGAAUGCUGGCUCGACGCAGGGCACUGCUGGUACGGGCACGAGUGGCGCUUCAAAUGCGAGCGCAGCCGCAUAG